AUGACCGAGCAGAUUGAUGAUCGAUUAUCCUCAUCGAUGGUUUGCUCUUCAGGUCCUCUGGAGUAUCGAUCAGAAACGUUGGAUUUGGAAAUGGUAAAUUUGCAUCAGGCAUUUGCGAGUGCACCUUCGGUUAGGGUUACAGGUGUUCAAGCUCGACGUAAUAGUGAAACUUUAAACCCCACAAAUAUUUCAAUUCAACUUUUAGAUGAAGAAGACGGUACUUUUGUUCUUAAAAUAACCAAAGGCGGUAAAUUGGGAAAAGUGAAUAUGGUUGAAGUAAAAAGUAGAGUGGAUCAUAAGAAGAUCAAAGAAAAGAUAGGCGGUAAAAGAGAAAGUAAAGAUAUAGUUUCUUGGAUAAUUAGAGAAUUAGAAAAAGAAAAUAAUGAAAUAAGAAUUAAUAUAAUUUUAACUUCGAAGGAUACGUUUAACAUUAUUCUACAUGGAUUAAUAAUAGCACUUUUAUUAAUAGAUAAAAAUAAUCAUUUAUAUAUUAAAACUUCAGAAAAGAUUGAAGCUAUGAUUUCAAAAUUAGGAAGAAUCGGUAUUUUAAAUUUUAAAGAAUAUGAAAUGAAGAAUUUAGCUGGUGAACUUUUUGAGAAUCAGGAAAUGAAAGUUAGAAUGACUAGUUCUACCUUAAAACUGAUUGAUGUUAAUGAUUUUGAACAGGCUUUCCUAGGAGAUUAA